UCAAUGGAUGACCACAGUUGGUGAAAUUUUACCAGAGCUUUAUAAAAAGAAUAAAAAUGAUGGGAAUAAGAAUGUCGAAUCAACUAUUAUUUAUAAACGUUGCUUUUGUGGAAAAGGAUUGGAUAUACCCUUUUUUGACUUUCUUGUAAUCCCACCAAGCACAGAUAAUUAUUUAGAAGUUUUUAUACCUAUAACACAAUUGGUUCCACAGGAUUCUGUUUUGAAAGUAGAAGAAAUCAGCCAUGAUAAGAUUCCUGAUGUUCAAAUGGUACCCUUAAUUGAUUUUGUAACGAAUAGUAAAUCACUGGAAGUAAAAGGAAACGAAUUUAUGAAUAUUCUAAAAUCUAUAGUCCUUCCUAAUAACUAUUUACCUCAAGAAGAAUGCACUAUUCCUUUUCUUUCACUUAUAGAUAAUGUUGAAUAUGAUCAUAUUGAUCCUUUCUACUUUAACCCAUCCACAGAAGCCAUUAUGAAUUUUAUGUGGUAUUCAUCCAAAUCACAUUGGCUCAAAUCAUUAUACAUUUUUAUAAUAUACUUUUUAUCUUAUUCGAUUAUUUCUUGGAUGUAUAUUGCACACAUUCAAGUUACCGGUAUUUGGUAUGAACUUAUUUUAUUAUUACGUAUCUUUCCAGGCUUUGCACAUUAUCUAAAUAUACUCUACAAAAUUGUUAUUGAUAUACGGUCAUUUUUAUUAUUUUUUGCUUUAGCAGUAAUUGCAAUGGGACAUGCAUUAUUUAUUUUUCUUGGCUAUGCAUCAUACAUUGGAUUAAGUGAAUCUCCAGAAUCAUUCGAGGUUUUUAAUGGAAGUACUAUAAUCUAUAAUAUGACUGAAGAAGAACCAGAAGAUAUAUUUACAAACCCUUUUACUGCUAUAAUUGCUGCAUAUAAUUGGGAUUCAAUUUCAUUAGAUGUUUGGGGAUUUUGGCCUCUUCUCAUAAUUAGCGUGAUUGGUAAUAUCGUUUUUGUUAUUAUAUUACAAAAUGUUAUUGUUUCAUUUAUGAGUGCAGCGUUUGAGAAUGCUGAUAAAGAUGGAAAAUGUGCUGUCCUCACUUUUCAAAGUCGUUUAAUUUAUGAUUAUGCAAAUCUUGAAAGGUCUGCUUUUACUUCAGGAAAGAGUAAUUUUGAUAACGAGCUUAAAGAUAAAUUAAGAGUGAAGUACAUAUGUUUUUAUAAUGAACCAUCAAUUACAAAAGCAUGGAAACAUGAAUCCAAAGAAUGGGAAUCAACUCCAAUCUAUUCAAAUUUUGAAAGUGAAAUACAAGCAGAAGAUGAUAAAAGUGAUGAAAGUUAUGAAAGUGAAUUUUUUAUUGAAAAAGAAGACAUCAAAUUUAUUUGGACUUCGGCAGAAGAAUAG